CUCCCAAGUCAAAAAUUCACAAAAAAAGAAAAGAAAAAAGAGUCAUUUUCAACGCUUUUUUUUUUUUUUAAAAAAGAAAACGUCUCUCCUUAAACUGAAAUCACAGACUGCUUUAAUGGGUCUUCUCUUGUAUUGUUAUUAUUAUUCAUUGACAUCUCCACCUCCAUUACCUAAAACCCUAACCAACUCAACACUGUUUAAUAAUAACCCACCAAAAUUCUCAUUUUUUUUGCUCUGCUUGUUUAAAUCUUAUGGCUCUUAAUCGUUUUGACCCUCAAUCCGCAGCAGAGAAAGCUGUCUCAGUUAUUGGGUUUGGAUAUGAUUUCACUACUGAUUUAAGAUUAUCUUCUUGCAAACCGGGUCCUUCCGGUUCGCGAUUGAUCGAUAUUGACCCUACUCUGACACGAGACCUUGUCUUUCCAGGUGGGGUUGUUGUUAAAAAUGUUUCUACUGCAAUCAAAUGUGAUAAAGGGGAACGUACUAGGUUUCGCUCUGAUGUUCUCUCUUUUAAUCAGAUGUCGGAGAAGUUCAAUCAGGAUCUUUGUUUAUCGGGUAAAAUACCAUCUGGAUUAUUUAAUGCUAUGUUCGACUUCAGAGGAUAUUGGCAGAAAGAUGCAUCUUCUGUGAAAAGUUUAGCUUAUGAUGGUUGGUUUAUAUCUCUAUAUAACAUUGAGUUGGAAAGAUCCCAUAUUACUUUGUCCGAGCAGAUAAAACAAGAAGUGCCUACUUCAUGGGAUGCUGCGGCCCUUGCUGAGUUCAUUGACAAAUAUGGUACUCAUGUUGUUGUUGGAGUAAAGAUGGGAGGUAAAGAUGUUAUACACAUAAAGCAGUUACAGAAGUCAAGUGAUCAGCCUCCUGAAUUGCAGAAAUUGUUGAAGCAAUUAGCUGAUGAGAGGUUUUCAGAAGAGGGAAAUGCUAAUGAAUUGUCAAGAAAAGCAAUGGAUGAACAUUUCAGGAUGAACAUGUUAUAUGCUACUUCAAUUAGGCCAUCUGUCAUCACUUCCAUAAAGAAUGAGGAAAUACUGAGCGUUGCUAUCCGAAAGGGAGGUCUAGAUACUGGUCAAAGUCAUAAUCAGUGGCUCUCAACUAUACUGCAGUCACCAAAUGUGAUUUCAAUGUCCUUUGUGCCUAUUACAUCUCUGUUGAGUGGUGUCCGAGGAAAUGGAUUUCUAAGUCAUGCAAUAAACCUUUACCUUCGAUAUAAACCACCCAUAGAGGAACUCUAUCAGUUUUUAGAGUUUCAGUUACCUCGGCAAUGGGCUCCAGUAUACAGUGAUCUGCCUCUUACUCUUAAGCGCAGAAAGCAAGCAUCCCCAUCUCUUCGUUUUUCCUUCAUUGGUCCUAAGCUUUAUGUCAAUACUAUGCAGGUUGAUUCUGGAAAUAGGCCAGUGACAGGAAUCCGCUUAUACUUGGAAGGUAAGAGAAGUGACCACUUGGCCAUCCAUCUCCAGCACCUGUCCACUCUUCCCAAUAUUGUUCAACUCUCAGAUGAUCAUAGCUACAAGCCCAUUGAUGAACCUGUGGAUCGAGGUUACUUUGAACCUGUCAAUUGGAGCAUGUUCUCCCAAGUGUGCACUGCUCCAAUGCAGUACAAUGGAACCCGCAUUGAUGAUUCGGCUUCCAUAGUGACAAGGGCCUGGUUUGAGGUUAAGGUUAUUGGGAUGAAGAAAGUUUUGUUCUUGAGGCUUGGAUUCUCGAACGUGGCGUCAGCAAGGAUUCGAAGGUCAGAAUGGCAUGGACCUUCAACUUUGUCACGUAAAUCAGGAGUCUUCUCAAUGCUAAUGAGCACAAGAUUCAGUGCUGGACUGACACCACAGCCUGCAAAGCCAGUGAACGUGGAUGUGAAUUCUGCAGUUUUUCCUGGAGGUCCACCCUUGCCAACGAAGGCACCAAAAAUGCUAAACUUUGUGGACACAAAGGAGAUGGUGAGGGGUCCAGAGGACGCCCCUGGAUAUUGGGUAGUCACUGGAGCCAAGCUCUGUGUGGAAGGUGGUAGAAUCUCAAUCAAAGUGAAGUAUUCCUUGUUAGCCAUAAUGUCAGAGGACUCGAUGAUGUUGAUGUGCUAGUCUGCAUUCCGUUGUAAAUGAUGCCAGUGUACAUUAUUUGCUUAGAAUCGAUUUCUUAAAGAAAUGAUAAUUCAUCUUCAAUGUA